UUUUGGCCAGAGGCACAGCUGAUUGUAGGGGCUUUUGGCCCUCCUUGAUUUUGGCAGGCGCUUGUCCUUGUGGAAAGUCGGACUUAUUUGGAAAAGAGGGAGUUGCCAGGCGGAAGAGAACACUUGGCUUAACAUUGCAGUAGCCUACUUGAACUUUAAAAUCCGAAGCUCUCGCUGUACGUUUACUCUAGGCAUGUGUUAAAAUUACAGUAUAACUAGCCUAUCUAAAAACCGAGCUGACAAGACAAGGAAUUUGUUGACGGAAAGUUAGCCUAUCAGCAUAAUAGCCAUCCCUCGGGAAAGCGCUGGAGUGCUGUCAUUGCGUCAGCGCACUUUUCCCCUCGCAAUUGCUGGGCCUACUUCUGGAGGACUAGACAUCACUGGACCUCACAUCACUUCUCUAACACGGUCCGUCUCUACAGCAAAUGUUUGGCUCUCCACCUCUAUCCAGCAUCUGACCUGCAAUUUCUGUGACAGACAGAGGCGUCCCCGGUAUAGCCAGCUGAAGCGUCCCUCCCAGUGUGUUCUUGUGAGGAGGAUGGAGACGAACCCCAUUCCCGUGGUAACGGUCCAAACGAGCCCGUUCGAUGACCAGCGGCCUGGUACCAACGGGCUGCGGCGGAAGACGGAGGUGUUCGAGGGCAAGAAGAACUACCUGCAGAACUACAUCCAGAGCUUACUGUCGUCAAUCGACCUGAGGGACCGCCAGGGAUGUACCAUGGUGGUGGGCAGCGACGGACGCUACUUCAGCCGAGCCGCCACCGAGAUUAUUGUGCAGAUGGCCGCCGCAAACGGGAUUGGCCGUCUGGUGAUUGGCCACAACGGCCUCCUGUCCACCCCUGCUGUGUCCUGCAUCAUCAGGAAGAUCAAGGCCAUUGGUGGAAUCAUCCUGACAGCCAGUCACAACCCAGGAGGCCCCGGGGGAGACUUUGGGGUCAAAUUCAACGUGGCCAAUGGAGGCCCAUCUUCGGACACAGUGAUGGAGAAGAUUGCCCAGGUGAGCAGGACGCUGGAGGAGUACACCAUCUGUCCUGACCUCCGCAUUGAUCUGGCCAGACUGGGACGCCACGACUUUGACCUGGAGAACAAGUUCAAACCAUUCAGAGUUGAGAUAGUGGACUCAGUGGAGGUGUACCUCAACCUGCUGAGAACCAUCUUUGACUUCAGCGCCAUCAAGAGCCUUCUGACAGGACCUGAACAGCUGAAGAUACGCGUAGACGCCAUGAAUGGAGUGAUGGGUCCGUAUGUGCGGCGUAUCCUGUGUGAUGAGCUGGGGGCUCCUGCCAACGCUGCCGUCAACUGUGUCCCCCUGGAGGACUUUGGGGGCCGGCCUCCAGAGCCCAGCCUCACAUAUGCAGCCCCAUUGGUCGAUGCCAUGAAGGGUGGAGACUUUGGCUUCGGAGCUGCGCUCGAUGCAGACGGGGACCGGUAUAUGAUCCUGGGUGAGAAUGGUUUCUUUGUGAACCCGUCAGACUCCUUGGCUGUCAUGGCUGCAAAUCUCUCCUGUAUCCCCUACUUCAGACAGCUGGGGCUUAGGGGCUUCGCUAGGAGUAUGGCAACCAGCACUGCCCUAGACAGGGUGGCCAAAGCCCUGAAGGUGACGCUGUAUGAGACUCCUACAGGCUGGAGGUUCUUUGGGAACCUGAUGGACUCUGGGAGGUGCUCGCUCUGCGGAGAGGAGAGCUUCGGGACAAGUUCAGACCACAUCCGUGAGAAGGAUGGUCUGUGGUCGGUGCUGGUGUGGCUGUCCAUCAUGGCUGUCAGGAAACAGGGCGUGGAGGAAAUCGUCAAGGACCACUGGGCCAAGCUCGGACGCAACUACUUCUGCAGGUUUGACUAUGAAGGCGUGGACCCCAGAGCUGCAUUCUACCUGAUGAGAGACUUGGAGGGGGUGAUCACAGACAAGGCCUUUCUUACCCAGAAGUUUGCUGUGGGGACUAACGUCUACAGUGUAGAGCGGGCUGAUAACUUUGAGUACAUCGACCCUGUGGACGGAACCGUGGUCCGCAACCAGGGUCUGCGGAUCGUCUUCACAGAUGCGUCCCGCCUGGUCUUCCGUCUGAGUGGGAGUGGGGGAGGGGCCGGGGCCACAGUCCGGAUCUACGCAGAGAGCUUCGAGAGAGAUCCCGAGAGACAUAACAGAGAAACUCAGGCGGUGCUGGGUCCCCUCAUCGCCAUUGCCCUGAAGAUCUCUGACAUCCACGAGAGAACAGGACACCGCGGCCCCACCGUCAUCACCUGAGCUCUGCUCCACUGCCCACACACACACACACACACACACACACACACACACACACACACACACACACACACACACCACCUGAGUGCUCCCCCCACAAACACACACAAACAUCUAUGGCCAAGUCCCUAAGGCCACACCGUCCUGCUUGUUGCCACACCUGGGGCCAAUAGUAAGCCAGAGCUACAUGUAUUCUUUCUCUCUCUCUCUCUCAAAAUGUAAGAUAUUAUGUAGUCUGCAAAGAAAAGAAGCAAACUGUUUCUUUCAGCGGUUGAUAAACAACAUUUGUUCAUAUAAGGCUUCUGUUAUGAAAGUUGUAUUUUCUGGAUGCAUGAAAUUACCACUGUACAGCUACAAAGCAUGUGCCUUUAUCUGUGUGUGUGUGUGUGUGUGUGUGUGUGUGUGUGUGUGUGUGUGUGUGUGUGUGUGUGUGUGUGUGUGUGUGUGUGUGUGUGUGUGUGUGCCUGAUCAUUAUAAAGUUGACAGACAGAAUUAAAAGGGAGAAGUCAAUUUUUCAUACACCAUACAUGCCCCGAAUACAACGCUUACUUACAAGCCCUUAACCAACAAUGCAGUUCAAGAAAUAUAUAUAUACACUGCUCAAAAAAAUAAAGGGAACACUUAAACAACACAAUGUAACUCCAAGUCAAUCACACUUCUGUGAAAUCAAACUGUCCACUUAGGAAGCAACACUGAUUGACAAUAAAUUUCACAUGCUGUUGUGCAAAUGGAAUAGACAAAAGGUGGAAAUUAUAGGCAAUUAGCAAGACACCCCCCAAAACAGGAGUGAUUCUGCAGGUGGUGACCACAGACCACUUCUCAGUUCCUAUGCUUCCUGGCUGAUGUUUUGGUCACUUUUGAAUGCUGGCGGUGCUCUCACUCUAGUGGUAGCAUGAGACGGAGUCUACAACCCACACAAGUGGCUCAGGUAGUGCAGUUCAUCCAGGAUGGCACAUCAAUGCGAACUUUGGCAAAAAGGUUUGCUGUGUCUGUCAGCUUAGUGUCCAGAGCAUGCAGGCGCUACCAGGAGACAGGCCAGUACAUCAGGAGACGUGGAGGAGGCCGUAGGAGGGCAACAACCCAGCAGCAGGACCGCUACCUCCGCCUUAGUGCAAGGAGGUGCACUGCCAGAGCCCUGCAAAAUGACCUCCAGCAGGCCACAAAUGUGCAUGUGUCAGCAUACGGUCUCACAAGGGGUCUGAGGAUUCCAAAGCUGCUACCACCACUUUAUGUUUUUCUGCUCUUUAUUAGACAGCCCGUUGUUGCCCUUUGUGAUAGGAGUAAGCCAUAGAUGUACUUCAUUUGUUUUUGUUUUUUAUCCAAAUAAAUGUGUAUCUUUUGUGUGUAA